AUGAAUAGGUACUUUUUAGCUAUUGCUUGUUUACAAUUAUGGAGUGAAGUAUCACCUGUUAAUCCUAUUACUACUUGGGCUCCACUCAUUGUUGCUCUUCUCAUUACAGCUGUUAAGGCAUUAUAUGAUGAUUUGAAGAGAUUCUACAAUGAUUACAAGUCUAAUUUUAAAACAUUUACUGUUGUUAAUAGAAAGUAUCUUAAUACAUCAUCUAUUAAUAAUUCAAGACAAGAUGAUUUCCUUAUAAAGAUUAAAUCUAAGGAUAUUAAGGUUGGUGAUAUUAUUAAACUUGAAGAGAAUGAUGAAAUACCAGCAGAUUGUGUACUCAUUCAAUCAGCGAAUGAAAAUGGCAUAUCCUAUGUUACUACAGCAAACAUGGAUGGUGAAGUUGAUUUAAAGUUAAAACAAGCACCAAGAGAUUUAAUACCAUAUUCGCAUGAUAAGUUCCUUCUCACAUGUCCAAUGUUUGUUAAAUGUGCUCAACCUAAUAGAGAUAUGUAUACAUUUGAUAGUACCAUGUUUUUAUAUGACUAUAGCACAUUCCCAAAUAAUAGUCGUAGCAAUAAUGCUGAUACUUGUGAAGAGAAAAUGAGCAAUCAUAGUUUGUCAAUAUCAGAAGCAGCUAAGAAUUCAUCCAAUCAUUUAAAGAUUGUUUCAUUGAGUGCUGAACAACUUCUUUGUCAAUCAUGUCAUUUAAAGAAUGUUUCAUUCAGUUAUGGUUUAGUUGUUUAUACAGGAAAUGAAACAAAAUCAGGUAUGAAUAAGACUAAGGCACCUAAUAAGAAGGCUCAAUCUGAUUACAAGAUUGAUAAGAUGUCAAUUGCUAUAUUUUUCAUUCAAAUUGCUAUUGCUAUAAUUGGUGGUGUUUUAGGUAUUUUAUCAAAUGAAAAGUUAUUGAAAGGAAGAAGUUGGUAUUUGGCUAUUAAGGAAGGUUCAAUUUUAGAUCCAUUUGUUGUUAUGCCAAUUAGAUUCUUCCUCUUAACAACUUAUAUGAUUCCAAUUUCCCUCAAAAUUACAAUUGACUUUAUGAAGAUUAUUUUCUCAUUAUUUAUUGAAUGGGAUUUAACUUUAUACGAUCCAAAGAAGGAUUGGCCAUGUAUUGUAUCAAAUAGUGAUAUUUGUGAAGACUUGGGUCAAGUUAAUUAUAUUCUAUCAGAUAAAACUGGUACAUUAACAGAAAAUAGAAUGAUAUUUAAGAAAUGUUCUGUUUAUGGUCAAGUUUAUGACUUUGAUGAUAGUGGAAAUGAUGCAGUUAGAAGUUUUAUAAGAUCUGUUAAAACACUUCAUUCAUAUCAACAAAAUAAUGAUUUUUAUGAAAGAUAUUAUUUAGAUGAUAGAAGUGAAUUACGACCAUUUUUAGUUACUCAAUUCUUUACAGCACUUUCACUUUGUCAUACAUGUAAAAGAGAAGGUAAUGAAUAUAAGAGUAUUAGUCCAGAUGAAGAAUGUUUGGUAAAAGCAUGUCAAACAGUUGGUAUUGAAGUUUAUGAAACUCAACAUGAUUUUUAUUCAUUGAAAUAUAAUUUAAUGGAUCCAAAUGGUGGUUCAACUAAUGGAUCAGUUACAAAUUCUAAUAUUCAAUAUAAUACUCUUAUAAAUGAAAUGAACAGUGCUAGAAGUGGUAAUAAGAGUGCACGUAGUUAUUCAUAUAAUCAUACAAAUUCUGGAAAUGUUUCAGUGAGUCAAAUUAUACCUUUGAUUGAUAGUGCAAUUGAUUCUGAAAAUAAUACUGAAAAGUAUGAUUUAUUACAUGUAUUUAAAUUUACAUCUGAUAGAAAGAGAAUGAGUGUUAUUGUAAGAGAUGUUCAUACUGAUAAGGUUAUACUUUAUUGUAAAGGUGCAGAUGAUAUGAUGUUAUCUUUGAUGAAAAAUGAUUUUUGUUCAAGUGAUUUGAAUCAAACUUCAAAGAAUCAAAUUAAUGAAUUUUCAAAAACUGGUUUAAGAACUUUACUUGUUGGUUUUAAAUAUAUUGAACCACAAGAAUAUAAAAUUUUUGAAGAUAAAUUGAGAGUUGUUAGCACUUUAUCAGAAGGAAGAGAAGCUGAAUUAUCAAAACUUUAUUCAAAUAUUGAAUCAAAUUUAACUUAUUUAGGAAUAACAGCUAUUGAAGAUGAAUUACAAGAACAAGUUCCACAAACAAUUAAGAAAUUAAGGCAAGCAGGAAUUAACAUGUGGAUGUUAACUGGUGAUAAACAAGAAACUGCUCAACAAAUUGCACUUUCAUGUCAAUUAAUUGAUGGAUUGAAUUCACUUCAUGAAAUUAGUGGUCAAUCAACAGCUAAUUUGAAUGAAUGUUUAGUUAACAUUUUAAAAUUAGUUAAAAUUCAAGAUAAUUACUCUGUAAUUGUUAAUGGUUUUACACUUUCAUUAAUAAUGCAUCCUCAACAUGAUAAGAAGGAAGUUGAACAAAUUGAUAUGGCACUUUUUGAAAAGAUUUUAAUGAAUGCAAAAAGUGUAAUUUGUUGUAGAGUUACACCAGGUCAAAAAGCAGAUAUUGUUUCACUUGUUAUUAAUCAUGAUAAGAGAGCUAUUAAGAGAGAGGAAAAUAUGUUUAAGAGAUUUCUUCACAUGUUAAAUUUAUAUUUAUUUAAGAGAAGUGUAAUUGCAUUAGCUAUUGGUGAUGGUCAAAAUGAUAUUCCAAUGAUUCAAAAAGCUCAUGUUGGUGUUGGUAUUGCUGGUAAUGAAGGUUUACAAGCUGCAAGAUCUGCUGAUUUUGCUGUUGGUAAAUUUAGACAUAUUAUACCAUUGUUAUUUAAACAUGGUCAUUUAUCAUAUCACAGAACUUCAAUGAUUUCACAAUUCUCUUUUUAUAAGAAUGUUUUAUUGGCUUUGAUUCAAGUUUUAUUUAACAUUUUUACUGGUUUUAGUGGUAUUUCUAUUUACAAUGAGUUGUCUCUUGCUCUUUAUAACUUUGUAUUUACUGGUAUAUUUAUAUUUACAUAUGUUUUUGAUUUUAAUUCAAGAAUGGAUGAUUUAAUUACAAAUCCAGCUUUAUAUAAGUCUUGUCAAAAGUCUAAAAGUCUAAACCCAAGAACAUUUUUAACUUGGAUUGGUAUUGGCUUUUUACAUGCUGGUAUUAUUUUAUCAUUCACUUGGUUAGCAUUCAAUGAUAAUAAUUCAUUUAUCAGACAAUCAAUAGAUAAGGAUUAUAUGGGACAUGUUCUCUAUUCUAGUGUUUUAUGGACUUCAGUUUUAUCAUUCCUAACGUAUUCAAAUUCAUUUAAUAUUAUUAAUAUGGGUGUUAUUAUUGUAACUUUGAUUGGUUACUAUUGUUAUUUGGCUGUUUAUGGAAAUGCGGGAGCAUUCUUGGGUAUUACAUCACCAAUUCUUAGUGCUGUUCCUGGUGGUAAAUAUACCUAUGGUGUUUUUAAUCAAAUGAUGAUGGAUCCAACCAAUUAUUUAAUUGUUCUUUUGAAUUCUGUUGCAUGUUGGGUUUCCAUUUUAGCAAUUAGAGGUAUUGAAAAGUUAAUUGAAGGUUAUCCAUUAACAUCAUCAAAUUUAAUUGGAAUGAUUACUGGAAUAACAUCUCAUACUCAUGGAGCAACUGAAAUUAAAGUUGUUAAGAGAAACCAAAUUGUUAAUUCAAGAUAA